AUGGCAGCUGGGACAGGCAGUAGCCGUGAUGGUGGAUCGGGGAGGGGUUACGAGGUGUUCCUGAGUUUCAGAGGGCCCGACACCCGCUUAACCAUGGCUGAUUGUCUCUACAAUGACCUGAUCCAUGCGGGGAUCCGCGUUUUCAAAGACAACGAAGAGCUCCGAUUUGGUGAAGAGAUCGAAGGUGGCCUCUUGCAAGCGAUCAAUGACUCUAGAAUUUACAUCCCGAUAUUCUCCGAAAACUAUGCUUCAAGUAAGUGGUGCCUCCGUGAGCUGGCACGCAUAGUAGAGCUAUCAAGAGGUAAUGAUGAGAGAGUGAUUCUCCCUAUAUUUUACGAGGUGGACGUGGAUGAUGUCAAGCUUAAGACUAAGUUAUAUCGGAAAGCCCUUCGAAAGCACAAGAGCGAAUAUGGGAAAGAUUUAGCAAAAAAGUGGAAAAAGGCUUUAAGAGAGGUUGCCAGAAUUAGAGGAAGGAAUCUAAAAGAUCACGGCCUAUAUGAACUUAUGAAUCUCACAGUCAAAGAGGUUUCUAGUUUGUUAUGGACAAGAAGGACAGAUGUGCCUGAUCAUUUGGUGGGAAUUAAAGAUCGAACGGAUGAGAUUAUGAAGCGGUUAGAUCUAGAAGCCUUUGAUGUACGAUUUAUCGUGAUUUAUGGUAUGGGUGGCAUCGGAAAGACAACAUUGGGUGAGGCUAUCUUCAGACAAAUCUCCCCUCAGUUUCAGAGACAUUGCUGCUUUCUUAAGGAUGUUCGGACUCAUGAUAUAAUAAACUUACAAAAGAAAUUGUUGUCAGACAUUUUCCAUUUGAGUUGCACAAAACUAUCCUUCAUUGAUGAAGGGGUUGACAUGAUCCAGACGAGAUUUCAUGACAAGAAAGUUCUCAUUGUUCUGGAUGACAUUGACAAUCGAGACCAAAUCAUGAGACUUGUCGGUGAGCCCAACUGGUUUGGUGGGGGUAGUAGAAUCAUCAUAACAACUAGGAAUAUUGAAUUCCUAGUAAAGGAAGGUGAGGAUGACAAUUUCCUAGCCUCUAUUAGCGGACAAUUUUCAUUCUACAAUAUGCCGGUGAUGAAUUUGCAUGAUGCUUUUCAACUUUUCUGUGAGCGUGCCUUGGGAUGUGCCGAGCCUCCAACUGAUUACAUGGAUAUUGCAUAUAAGCUAAUCAAUGUGCUAGGAGGACUUCCAUUGGCUCUCAAUGUCGUAGGUUCCAUCCUUCGUGGAAAAUGCCGAAGAACAUGGGAAGACACCCUACGUAAGUUAAAGAAUGUGAUGAAUGAGGAUGUCAAGAAGAAGCUAAUGAUAAGCUACGAAGCAUUGGAGCCUAAUCAACAACAAAUUUAUCUUGAUAUCGCAUGUUUUUGCUUCAACAAAGAGAAAACAAUUGCAGUUAAAUAUUGGGAUGCGAUUUUUAGGUAUUCGACAAAAAUCGAGUUGAAUAUCCUCAUACACAUGUCUCUAAUAAAAAUAUCCAACGAUAAUAAACUAUGGAUGCACGACCAACUUAGAGACCUUGGAAGGAGUAUCGUCCAUCCAGAAAGUGGCGAAAUCCAUAUGAAAGGUACUAGAUUGUGGUCUCCCGAGGAUGCCUUUCAUGUAGUCCAGAUAGAAACGGUAAUCUUUACCUCUACAUGUUUUCCAGUGCAUCCAUUAGCGUCAUCACCUUUUUAUCUAAUUUCAAGUCAAACUUACAUAUGUACUCAUUGGUUGCUACUUUUAUUUUCCAGGGAACCAGAGACAUAGUGAUGCUCAAUCUUGGUACACCUGACCCCAAUAAGAUGUACAGAUUUAAGCACAAGCAAUUUGUGCGCUUGGUCAACCUUAGGUUCCUUCAAUUGGACCACGGAAACUUUGAAGGAGACUUUAAGAAUGUUUUCUUUAAUUUGAGAUGGCUCUCUUGGAGCAAUUGCCCUUCAAAAUUCCGAGCUACCAACCUUGGGUUGAAGAACUUAACGAUUCUCAUGCUAUCCGGGAAUAACGUUACUGAAGAUUGGGGAGGAUGGUGUCAAAUCAUGGUAGCAAAACAACUGAAAAUCCUACAGCUCGAGGAUUGUCCAUUCCUUAGAAGGACGCCCAAGUUCUUUGCAAUCUGCAACUGGAGAAAUUGAUUCUUAGAUGCAUUCGACUAAGAAAGAUUGACAAAUCCAUUGGCAAUCUAAAACAUCUUGAUUACCU